GAGCAGCAGCUCCAACAGCACCAUGGCCUCUGCCAACCAUCGCGGUGGCGGCGGACGUGGUGGAGGUGGCGCUGUCGCCGGUGCCGGAGCGGAUGGCAAUGCGAUCGUGGGGCUGCAGAUCGGCUCCGCCUGGUUUCAGCGCAAGAUCAACCUGAGGCCGCAGCACCGCGGCGUCCACCUGGUCACCGAGGAGAUACUCCGACAGAUGCCGGAGCUGGCGCACUUCUCAGUGGGAUUGUGUCACAUGCAAAUUCUUCACACCUCGGCGAGUUUAGCGCUAAACGAAAGCUGGGAUCCAGACGUCAGAGACGACAUGGAGAUGAUGUUGAAUAAAAUAGUUCCCGAAGGUUUGCCCUACAGGCAUUCGUGCGAGGGACCCGACGAUAUGCCCGCGCACGUGAAGGCCUGCUUCCUGGGCAGCUCCCUGACAAUCCCGAUCACCGACGGCAAGCUGUCGCUGGGAACGUGGCAGGGCGUUUGGCUGUGCGAGCACCGCGACCAGGCCGGAUCCCGGAAGCUGGUGAUCACGCUGACCGGAUGUCCGCGCGAACAGGCGCGCAGCCCGCUGUCACCCGUCUCGCCGAUCGCCAGCACGUCCAGUUAGGGGCGGCCUCGCUCCACCCGCGACAGCCGGUAAUCGCGGGGGAGCGACAAUAAUGCCAUCAUUUCGUCGAGGCGGCUGAUACUGCAGAAGAACUUGGCUAAGGCGAACCUGGCGCAGCAGCGGGCGGCAGCGGUGAUUGCCGCCGGUCGGGGGGGCUUGGGCGGUGGUCACCAGGAUGCCCUGGCGCCGCCCAAUAUCCCCGGAGUGGAGACUAAGACCGGCCGCCUGCUGCUCCGCCAGCAGCUGUACCUCAAUCUCAAUCUGAAUGUGCAGGAAACGUUGCGCGAUGGCGUCGAUAUCGAUGAUGUGGACGAGGAUGUCGACGAGGACGAGGACCUAGACCUAGACCUAGAAACCGUCACAACAGUGCCUCUUAACAAUGAACAACUUAAUGCUAAGGUCACCACCACAACAUCCAGUUCAUCAGCAGCGAGCAGUGCAUUAGCUAAAUUCAAUCGCAUCAUAGACUCCACUUUGGAGCGACCACCAGUGGCCGUAGACUACUCCGGACUGCCCCAGCUGAGCAGUGCCACACUGCAGCAGCGCUUCAACCUGGCCUAUCCGGAGUUGGUGAACCAACAGCAGCAGCAGCAUCAACAGCAGCAGUUGCAGCUGCAACAGCACCAGCAGCAACAUGAUGCGACCAAGCAGAUCAGCAGCCUCCAGGGGAACCCCCGAUUGGAUCGUGGAACGGACGCCGUUGCCAGCACUCCAUUAACACUUCAAGCACCCAGAACUCCAGCAACGGCGACGGAGCAGCAACUUGAUUCGGGGCAUCCCCAUGACGACGCACACGUCGUCGACCACGAUGAUCAUCCCCACCACGACGAGGAUAAUCAAACGAAACGAAAUGAUGUGCAUUAUUUGUUGAAACAGUUGAAUAGUUUUAGUGAUAUAGAAGAAAUAGAAAUUGUUGAUAUGAAGCAAAGAGGUCAGCGGCCGCCGAUGGCGUCCAGUUCGUUGGCCACCAUGAUGCCGCCGCCCUCGCCAGCACCGCCGGCCUCGCCAUCCACGCAGUCACAUCGACUGGGUCCGCGGUUCGCCUCCUCCGGCGACAGUUCGCUGGUCCUGCCGCAGCACCAGUUCGACGACUACCUGUUCGAGUCCUGCCACUACCUGGAGACAAACUACUUUGCCGCCACAUACCGCACUGCCAUGGUCGAGAGCAGCUCCCACGAGUUCCGGCCCUCGACCAACAGCAGCUCGAACAGCUUCGAGCUGCACGAGAUGGAGCCGCCCAGUGUCAUCUGCAAGGCGGGCGUGCCGCCUCCACUGGUUGCCAGUCACCCUGGUCAUCCGCCGCCGCGGUACCAAUUCGAGUACCAGGCGGAGACCCGGCUGACCACCAGUGGGGUGCAGACGGAGCUCACCGUCGAAUCGCUGGCCAAGAUGAGCAACUGCAGCGGGAGCAGCUCCUCCUCGGCGACGAGGGCGCCUCCCUUCUUCCGGUGCUGCUACACGCCCAUCGAUCGCUGGCGGGAGAGGAGGCAGCAGCAGAAGAGCUCCUCCGCCUCCUCGUCCGCCGCACAGCCGCCCAAGAACGUCUGACACUGGGCGUGGCAGUCCACUUGGAGACCCAA